UAAAACAAAUGCUUCACAAAAACAAGAAUAAUUUUCUUCAUAUUUGUAAUGCAUUCAAAUAUGUUCUAGUCUCUUCUAUAAGCUGUUCAUUCUGAUUCAUUAAACAGAACGUUCUGGCUGUGGUGGUGGUACAUGCCUUUAAUGUCAACACUUGAAAGAUAUCCCAAGUUUGAUACACUGUCUGUGCUACAUAGUAAGUUCCAAGUCAGAAUGGGAUGCAUUGUGAGAACCCACCUCAAAAGUAAAACAAGACCCGGCCCUCCUGGCUCUGAACCUGCAGGAUUGUGACCCUCGCAGCUCUACUUCCCUUCCUCCUCUGCCUCCUUCGCCUCCUCCACUGCCUCUUCUCCCAUGCCUCCGAGCAGCCCGCGGUCACUGGGUUUGCAGUUCCCAGGCUAAAAGCACUGUGGCUCCAGCGUCUCCGGUGUUCCUGCUCCUACAAGAUGAUGCUCAAGUCCAGCGAAGGCAAGGGUGAGAACAGCAUGUGCACCGCGCUCUCAGACCUCUACCUGGAACAUAUGCUACAGAAGAGCAACCGACCUGAGAUUACAUUGAACCAGUUGAAUGUUGCCACUGAAGACAUGUAUACCAAUGGGUCUACUGCUCCAGGUAGCCCUGCCCAUACUAAAGGGCAAGAGGCAAGGAAAAUGCGUCUCAUACAGUUUGAGAAGAUCACAGAGGAGCCCAUGGGAAUUACUUUGAAGCUGAAUGAAAAACAGUCACGUACUGUGGCCGGAAUUCUCCAUGGUGGCAUGAUUCACAGACAAGGCUCCCUUCACGUGGGGGAUGAGAUUCUAGAAAUCAAUGGCACUUAUGUAACCAAUCACUCAGUAGACCAGCUUCAGAAAGCAAUGAAGGAAACCAAAGGAAUGAUCUCAUUAAAAGUAAUUACUAAUCAGCAGAGUCGUCUUCCUGCACUACAGAUGUUCAUGAGAGCACAGUUUGACUAUGAUCCCAAAAAGGAUAAUCUUAUCCCUUGCAAAGAGGCAGGACUGAAGUGUGUUACUGGAGACAUUAUCCAGAUCAUCAACAAAGACGGCAGCAAUUGGUGGCAGGGGCGGGUGGAAGGCUCCUGCAGGGAGUCUACAGGAUUGAUCCCUUCUCCUGAGCUGCAGGAAUGGAGAGUGGCAAGUGUGGCUCAGUCUGCUCCAAGUGAAGCUCCAAGCUGUAGUCCCUUUGGGAAGAAGAAGAAGAAGUAUAAAGACAAGUAUCUGGCUAAGCACAGUUCAAUUUUUGACCAGUUGGAUGUUGUUUCUUAUGAGGAAGUUGUUCGGCUCCCUGCAUUCAAGAGGAAGACCCUGGUGCUGAUCGGAGCCAGUGGGGUAGGUCACAGCCACAUUAAGAAUGUUCUGCUCAGACAGAAUCCAGAGAAGUUUGUGAACCCUGUCGCAUAUACAACACGACCGCCAAGGAAGAGUGAAGGAGAUGGAAAGGAGUAUUACUUCAUCUCAAAAGAGGAAAUGGCAAGGAACAUCUCUGCCAAUGAAUUCUUGGAGUUUGGCAGCUCUCAGGGCAACAUGUUUGGCACCAAAUUUGAAACAGUGCACCAGAUUCAUAAGCAGGACAAGAUUGCCAUCCUUGACAUUGAGCCCCAGACCUUGAAGAUUGUUCCAACAGCUGAGCUUUCACCUUUCAUUGUGUUCAUUGAACCUACUGACCAGGGCACUCAGACUGAAGCCCUGCAGCAACUGCAGAAGGACUCUGAGGCCAUCCGUAGUCAGUAUGCUCACUGUUUUGACCUCUCUUUGGUGAGGUGUUGACGAAACUCUUAAGAAACUACAAGAAGCCUUUGACCAGGCUUGCAGUUCGCCAUAGUGGGUGCCUGUCUCCUGGGUUUACUAAGCUCACAGAAUUUGAGAACCUGUUCCAGCCCCUCCCCAGCAUUUGGAAUGCCAUCCCCCUUGCUUAAACCAAACAGGGCUGCUUCAGCUUCUAGCUAUCUGCAACUGUCUUAAGGAUGUCAGUAGGAUUCAAGUCUUUUCACUCGGGCUCCUAAAGGGUGUAAGUUUAAUUUUCCUACUAUCUAGAUUUCAAAAUGACCUCUGAAAAUUAGCAGUGCUAUCCAAAUGCAAAUGCUGCACAGAAAAAUCAAUUAUCCUUGUCCCUCUGAUGUUUGAGCUCCUUUACUUUCAACUAUACUGACUAUCUUGUCUCUUUACUCUGGAAUAAGUGUACUAUGAAACUUUUUAAAAUCAAAUAGCUGUGCAAUAGUACAACUGCUGUGUUUAAAAACAAGUAAAACAAACCAAAUGAAAGAGAGUUCUGUGCAGGACCCACAGUUCUAUUGAGCUGUUCACGUGUGCAACCUGCAGAAUGAGAUCUCUUCUCCAAGGCCCCCAUGUGAGUAGUCUGUCCUUCUUCCUUUUAUUCUUUGAAACAAGGUUUUUCCUGCUCACCGCUUCAUCUAGACUGGCCGGCCAGAAGCCAGUACUUGCCUCCUGCCCUACCAUCAGUUCAAAGCUUCCAAGACACCAGCUCCUAUGCCCAGCUUUGAUGCAGUUGAUGGAUCUCUGUACUCAGGUCUCUGAGCCUGCAACCAAUUACUUUAUUUACUGAGUCAUCUCUCAAGCCUCUACCCAGUAAAAUAUUUUUUAAUGAUUAUAAAGUCGAAACACUACUGAAAGUAUAAUAAAUGGAAAAGGGAGACACAAAGGACAAGAAAAAGAAAAAAAUGAAAUGACUGUGUCUUCAAACACUGGAGUCAGACAGGGACAUGCAGAUGAGGGGGCCAGUUGACUAUGUAGACUCUUGUCUUUGCUAUGAUUUACUCUGUUGCUGAGCCGGUCCAGGGCAAAUGGCAGAUGCCCACAGAACUGCCCUCACUUUAAUGUUUUCUCUUCUUGACAUACCAGAGACCUCUGCUGGGCACACUCAGCUUUGCAGUCCGUGGAUUGGGGUGGCUCAGGGAGUACCCAAGUGUGUCAAGAGCUGGGGAAACAAGCACAGUACAAAGCUUUCUGCAAGCAAACCUGUCCCCAUACUUGCAAAUAGGACCGGGUAUUAAUGAACCUGCUGGAGUUGUGGCCCGGAAGUAGCCCGCUAUAACCUCAGAGCGCUCAGUCUUUACAGCGGUGAGUCUGACUGCAGAUUCGUGGCUCUAGCGCCUGGCCAACCAUUGACUUCAUGCUGAAAGCUGUCCAACUCCGAAAUUAUUCUCAGUGGAUGAGAUUGGUUCUGAGUCCCUGAGAUCAGGGCUCUUCCCAGUGUACACUUCGGUGCCUGAGCUAAGCCUCCAGGCAUUGGCUUGGGCAGUUCCUGCUCCCCACAACCGUCUCUCAUGACUCUUUCAUCCCGGGCCUGUGGCGACUUGACAGAUGGGUUUUAGAUAUUAUUAGGUUCCCGGUCAAGAAGGUACCCUGAAAAGUCUCCAUGUCAUAGGGAGUGACAGAAUGGGAUUCCUCUCCAUUGCUGCUCUGUCCAAAAGAAUCUCCCAAAACUCAGCACUGGACUUGAGCCUUUCAAGAGCUGUGAGCUCAUCCUAUGGGUUAGCGCAGCUAGUGGCUUCUGACGAGGCACGCCUGUGGGAUGAGACUUGAUUUCCCCAUCCCACCAGGGCGAGGCAUGGCAAGGGCUGAGAGCAGCUGCUGUCUGCUGCUUUCGCUUCUCCACACUUCCCGUCUGUCCCGUCACAUCCUCUGUGAAUUUCCACCUCUCUUCUCAGGAUGGCGUCUCUUCUUUUUUAUCCUUAUUCUCUUUUACCGCAUCAUCCUGGGGGCAGCCUCUAAUCGGCCCUCCCACUGAGAAGGCCUAUUAUGAACAAUUUGUAGUGAGCUUGUUUUUGUUUGAUUGGGACAGGGUUAUUGGUGUAGCUCUGGUUGUCCUAGAACUCACCCUGUAAACCAAGCUGGCCUAC